AUGGACACCGUCCAUGUUUUUUCGGAGUUCGAGGACCCAGAGCGCCAAGACCUCAUUGGUCGCCUGCUAGAGCUGGAUGAUACACUAUCCUCUGUGGCUCGAACCUCUCUGUUUGCGUUGUGGUUCAGCGACAUGAGUGUCCUGCGAAGGGCAGUCGAGCCCGACGCAGAAGAGUUCAGAUGGGCCCUGCGAUUAGCCAUGGACAUCACAAGUGAUCACGCUGGCAUUUGGGCUGGCAACAAGAUCUCGGCGAAGAAUGAGCCAAGAGACAAUAUUCGGCUCGAGAAUGGCAAGCUUCGGCGUCUUCAUCCAGAAGAUGCUGCAUAUUCUACUCAGGCGAUCGAGGGGCCAGUGAUGCUUGGAGCUUGUAUCCAACGCUCUGAGAGAGUCCGAUCUCGGUUACUGGUUCCGUCUACACUAUCUGCUCGUCCUCAACCCCCUGCUCGUCCUCAAACCCCUAGACGCUCUAACGAUAUCAAGAAUCUGGUAUUAACUCGUGAUAGGGAGCGAUAUGUCCUCACCAAACUAGUUCAGCCCACGCUUGAUGUGUCGCAUAUCAUCCCCUUUAAGCUAAACGGGGUGAUAUACCGGAACGACCCGCUUUGGCGCUGGCUUCGAGUGUUCUGGGGUGAAGAGCGAACUCGCUUAUGGCAGCAAGAGCUUUUCCAAAGCGAGAGAGAUACUCUGAAAACUGACCCAAGGGAGGGCGAAGGGGUCACAGAUAUAGGACUCUUCCACUACCCAAGUGGGACAAGGAUUGGUUCCGGGUUCGUUUUCGAACUGAGUACGCCGAAUGCGGAGACCAUACCCCUACCAUCCUUUAGCCUACUUGAGCUCCGGUGGUAUCUGUCACGAAUCAUGGCCAUGCAGGGAGCAGCAGAGGAGGAAGAUGAUAACGUCCAGAGUGACCCUGAGACGCCUCAAGUCCAUUCUCAGUCUGAGAUUGCAGCAGUCUGGUCCGAGGAUGAGGACGACGGAUGA